ACUAAAGAUUGAAUGUUGUCAAAACAUGCUACUCUGCGUAAUCGACUCAAUUUCCUUCAUGUAGUGCUUAUCUAAGGUUCGCUUCCGUUGAUCAUGCUUAUCUAACCACAACUUCCUGGUUUAAACACUCCAGAAUGUCUCGACUAUUGCUCCGCCUUGCAGGUUUGCCAACAAUUAAGGCAAUACUACCCGCUCGUUUACCGAGGGUAUAUUCAUUACCCAGUAGUUCACUACCAAUUUAUAACCGCUACCAUUGUCUGCUAGUUACUCAUCUCAGAGCCAGUUCGACCUGCAUCAUGGGUGUGAAAGUUCAUGUCAUUUAUUGUGGUGGAUGAGGGUACAGACCCAAAUUCACCAAAAUCAAGACUUUGCUUGAGGAUGAAUUUCCGGGCGAUCUUGAUAUAACUGGUGAAAGCACGCCUACAACAUCUGGUUGGUUUGAGGUAGAGGUGGGGGGGAAGUUGGUGCACUCCAAGAAGAAUGGGGAAGGGUUUGUGGAUGAUGACAAGAAAAUGGCUAAAGUUGUAAGCGCCAUUGAGAAGUGUCUGGGGAAAUGAGUGUAUGCUGACAGAGUUUGACCUCCUCUGCUGUUCUUCCUCCUGUGGAUUGCGAAUGAUGGUGUUGCCUGAAGUGUGUAUGGCACGGGUAGCACUUGAUGAUCUAGACUCUUCCUUGGAGAUGGCCAGCAGUGUGUGUGUGUGAAACUCCUACAGUUAUACUACUUUUAGGGAAUUCAUAGGAAAGCUUUUUUUAUUAUUAUUGAAUUUGAAGGGCAUUGUAAUGUAUCUAAAUGGGAUAUUUAACUGUUAAAGGUACCAUCCAAACAAAACUUAAAUAAGCUGUUUUGGAAUACUUGAUGAUCAAAUGUUCAAUAUACCAUCUGAAAAAAAGAAAUAAAUAAAAACCACUGUUUUGAAA